CUUAUUCUGUAAACCGCUUUCUCAUACGACAUGCCCCGCUCCACUAGACCCAGGCUCACCACCCUUACUCCCAUGCCCACCGACGUCAUCCACCUCAUAUUCGACGCCUACGUCCGCUCGCUACGCACCCAAUCUUCGGCCUUCAUCGACCUCCUCUGUCUCAGCCGCCAAACCUACCAGAAAUACCUGCCAUCUCUUUACCACACCAUAUCAAUCAGUGACAGAAACCAUUACUCAUUCUUCAAGUGUUAUGAGAAGUUCCUCGAAAAUUGUUCUUUCACCCCUCCCGAGUACGAUGGUAGCCUUGGACCGUUGUUUGACCCUGCGCUCGAUUUCGCGGCAGAGCGUCGGGUCUUUGAUUUCGGCAUGAUACGCAAGAUUGUGGUUGGGCCUACGGAAGUUUUCGAGAGCUUUGAUCGACUUCAACACAAAGUUCGGGCGAGGGUUCCCAAGCAAGAGAACCGCUCUGGACGCCCCAUUCAUCUCUUCCCGCGGCUCGAAUGGCUCGUCAUCAAAGAUUCAGUGGCUCGAGACCAUCCAGACUGUCUUGCCCAGCGUACUUCCCUGGUAUCCCUCGCCAUCCUCCGGCUCUUGCCCGCCAACCUCUGCUAUGCCGAAUCUGAUCGCAAUUCUCCCUGGCUCUCCGACCAGCUCAAACAAAUGUUUACGCGUAGAAACAUCACUUUCGACUCGCUGUCUCUCCAUGCUGGUGACUGGAGAUCCGUACAUCUUCCUAACAGGCUAUCGUCGAACAGGUGUCGGCAAUUGGCAUACUGGCCUAAGGCUCCAAUCAACAAACGCUCGUAUCGAAAAUUUGUGGAGCUUUUGGUGCCCGAAGAUAAGGAAGGGCAAACGCCUGGGAAUCGAGGCCCCCAAUUCCCUAGUCAAAGCGUCAAGCUGUUCAAUUGCAACGCCACUCGCGAGGAAUGGUUUUCACCAGCGAGCAAGACUCGAUUGACUGAGAGGCAGACCGAGUGGAGAUGUACACUCCUGAAGAGUCGGCCGGGCACGUAUGCGAGGGAUGUGGAAGGGGUGUUUGAGCGUUUGGGGUGGGCGCGGGCAUCUACCAGGCUCUGUCGAUCCCGGAUCUCCCAUUCCUCAUCAUUUCGAAGCUCUUCCCUCCUCAUUCCCUCUCCAGCUUCACCGGAAGGGCAAGCAGGUCAACAAGUACUGCGGAGAGAGGGGGUAUUGAGCGGAAGUGUCUAUGGCAUGCGGGUCAUUAGUCGAGCUCGUGGGACUGUCUGUUCGGUGCCUUGUGAUGAGAUGUUUAGGAUAUCAAAUUACAUUCUCCGCCGUCUUCUACGCUUCUACUUUCGAUUUCGCUCGGUCACCGGAUCUGUCGGCGAGGAUAACGAUGGUGAAGUGGUGUAUGGGUCUGGAGGGAGUAUUGGAGAAGUUCAUGUGCAUGGAAGAGAUAGGAAGAACGGCGGAGGGAUGGAUGAAGGUGCGCGAGCCGGAGGGGCUUGGAGGAGUCGGGUUACGUCCUCGCCGUCGGUUGUAAAGGUCUGUCGGGUGGAAUGGAGCCCUGUAGAAUACUCCUGUAUCCGGUCAAUCGACAGAAGAUGAACGGGGUACCAAUCUGCUGCAUUUCUCGGAGAAAUAGAUGCUACACGUCCGUUGACCUCGGCCUGGGAGCUGGGGUUGCGGUACCGGUCCCGGUUGCCAGGGGACUAUCGACAACAUCAGGCGCAUACAUAACACUGGUGCAAGCAAACAUCUCUCCUCCCCAAUCCAACCUGCCACCUGCCAGUCCCAGAUGUCCUCUCCUGCCUCCACUUCCGACAUUGCAAAAUUCCUCUCGUCUUUCCCCGACGACAUUGUCCACCUCAUAUUCGACGCCUAC